CCUGAGGUCAGAUUGGCGCCUGCGCACCUCAAUCCGAUCCUAGUGCAGAGGAGCUCAAUACAACGAAACUGAAACUAGGUCAAUGGAACUAAAUACACCAACAGUUCCUGGCAUUCAUCGCUCUUUCGUGAUAAAACCUCAGACGGAAUGUAUAAGUACAGAAAUCUUGUGCCGUUCUAGCAUUCACAUUGUAACAUUCGCCCCGAUCAAAAUCACCGACAUUGUAAGUAUAAAGUCAUAAAAUAUUUAAAAAAAAAUCCAAAUAAAUUGUUUGCGUGGACAUGAUAUUAAAUGAAACUAUUUUAUGCUAUUGAACUUACACAGUUUAACUAAAAACCCAAGUUUAUAGCAGAAUGUGCUGCACAAACUUAGAGUUGGCUGCUAGAAGUUAAAAUUAUUAACGGGGUCAGCUGACUAUGGUGUUGGUCAAUAAUUUUUUUUUUUGGGAGUUGCUAUUAUCAUCACCCCGUUAAAAAUUCUAACUUUACCGAGUAGUGUAAAUCAAGAUAAGACUAUGUUAAGAUUGCGUCUAAAGAAUCUCAAUAAACAGGGCCGCGUAUCAGAUCAAACCCGUUGGUUGUGUCUACUUCAAGUCAAUGCUGUUUCAGAAAUAGGUAUGAUAACUUAUUAUCUGUGAUUUCAAACAGACCGAGUCUGUGUUACACUGCAGUUUAAACUCAACAUUUGGACAGUCAGAAGAACAUAAUAAUCUAGCGACCAAGUGUCAAGCCCGUAAGCCCACAAGUGAAAUAGUUCAAAUAAGGUAAGGAAGUUAAGUACACAAAAUCUUGAAAGUGAUAUCUUUCUCCAAACAAUAUUCUUAAACUUGAGGAAUAAAACAGUUCAUAGACCAGUCUUCAAACCAUCCUUGCGUCAUCCAUGCUUUACCUUGGGAGCGAAAGUAGACAGACGGGAAGUGUGUGCUUGUUAAUAAUUGUUCACAUUGUUGAACGCACCCGGGUUGCCUGAGUGAUAAAUUAAGAGCGGGUUUAGCUUAAACCCUGUGAUGUUACUGCCAAGCAGCAGAGUCUGCCUAUCCUUAAAUGCUUGAAAUCCCGGUAUGUUUUUGCCUCGUUGUGAAUAUAAAUGUGUGCUGUUAUCCGUUUCCAAAAUUGUCGGGCUCUGUAAUCAAGGGUCAGGGAAUGGCAUAAGUAUAGCAGCUCAAACAUAAUAUUUGUUUUGGAAAGGAAACUUGGCUCGCAGUUUACAAAAGUUGAUUAUUAAGUCUAGGUAAUUUCUAAGGAUGGCUACGUAAUUUUUAAAGGUGUCUAGGUAAGUUGUAAAGGGUGGCUAGGGAAAUUUUAAGGGUGGCUAGGUAAUUAUUUUAGGGUUGAUAGGUAAUUGUAAAUGGUAUAUUGAACAAAAGUGGAAUUAUUUAAUUAAUUUUUUCAAGAAUCUGUUUCAAGUGAUCAGAAUUUUGGUCUUUAUUAAGUAAUGAAGAUUGGAUAUUUUGAAAAUAUGGAAUUUGAUGAGAAUUAUUUGUACAGCUAGUAGGGCCAAUAGCCAGUGGCAUAGCUAGAGUAGGUGUCGCGUGGCGUGAGCCAAGAUUGUGGCCACCCUUUCCACGAAAAAACCCGAAGUUGGCCGAAAAUACUGACCCUCAAUUAUGGAAAAAAGUUCCGCCAACUUCCGCACCCAAUCUCCUACGCCACUGUCAGUAGGUCUUGACACCUGAUAUGUGAGAUGUAUAAAUAUAUAUAAAAAUAUAUAUUAUAUAUAUAUAUAUAUAUAUAUAUAUAUAUAUAUAUAUAUAUAAAUUCUUUUUUGAAAAUCCCACAUCCAGAGGCGUAACUGGGGCGUUAAGGGACAGAUGUUUCCGCGGCCAGACUAGUGGGGUGGCCAAAAAGUUGCUGGUAGUGAGACGUUAAUCGGGGGGUGGGGUGGGUAGGGGAAUAAUGGCAGAAAAUAUGGGAGGGGGUGAUGAGGGGGGUGUCUGGGAAGGGGUCUCCACUGAACCAUAUCACUAGUGAACUAUAACAAUAAACCAAGUUCACAUACUAAGCUUAUUUUCUUGGCCUAGUGGGAGAACAGCAGCCAGAUAAAAAAAAAAAGCAUGUCUAUUUUGUUUCCCUCUAGACCAGUGGUUCUCAUUCUGUGGCUUGGGACCCUAUGGAGGUCUUUGCCUAAGACGAUCCGGAUAAAACAUUUUUAAGAAGCAUGAACGAAAAUAAUUUUAUGAUUGGACAGGAACUGUAUUAAAGUGUGGCGGCAUUAUGAAUGUUGAAAACCACUGCUAUAGACCGAUUAUGUUGUCCACCUAUAACACCGGAUGUAUACCCUGGUAGUAACGAGUAAACUUAACAGUCAUUUUCUUUUAAAUUACAGCGUGGAGACGAUGCCAUCGCCACCACCGAUUUUGCGUUUGGCCAACGCAAAUACAACUCACGACAAAAAAGACCUUGCUCGAGUAGUAGCGUCAUCACCAAAUACAACUCAAAACAAGAAAGACCCAGAGCAAGCAGUGGCGUCAUCACCAAAUAUAACUCAAGACAAGAAAGACCCGGACCGAGCAGUGACGUCAUUAGCAAAUACAACUCAUGACAAGAAAGACCCUGAUCGAGCAGUGGCGUCAUCACCAAAUACAACUCAAAACAAGAAAGACCCGGAUCAAGCAGUGGAGUCACGAGCACAGUCAAACUUGACCAUAGAGACAAAUGUUGAAACAACAUCGCAGGUUAAAACGCAUACCAACGCGGCACACGCCAACGACAGCGAUAGCGACGAUGAUCAGGAUGAAGACUCUGGCACUGCAGACGAAGAGGACAACCACGAAGACAAGGAACGCGAGGCUUUCAUAGAGGAGCACCUGAAAGAUUUCCCUUGUACCUUCAACAUCGGCAAAGCCAACUACAACAUCGAGAAGAGGGUGUUCGCCGUGGAAACCAUCAAGCAGAUGUCGUGCCGAGGCAUCGCGUGGGAGAACAUCGUCGACGAUGCCAUCGUCAGUAGCAACGAUGACGCAUGGAUUCCCCUUGAGUGGAAGCAGAACCGUAGAACGCGUGCCUACGUGGAGCUGGGCAGGCUUGAAGAAGCGCGAAAGUUGAUCGACGAGAUUCUUUACAAGACGGGCGGGCAGACGAUCACGGCCACGGCCAAUUUAGCUGUUUGGUAUUUCGUGCAAGGAAACGUGAAAGACGCCCUGGAAGUUGUCAGACAACUUAAAGCAUUGUCCAAGCUGAAAACGUUUCGCCAUCUGAAGGCAGACGCCCUUUGUGAGCAGGCGUAUUUUUAUUAUGCCAUCUCGGGAGCUGAGAACAACAUAUCUGGUAUUGAGAUUGUGAAAUUCGCUCUGAAUUAUUUAAUUAAGUACAAAAGUGAGGUGACGUUUAUGAUGGGAUCGAUGCACAGAAGAUGUUUGCACUGGAAUACUUAUUUGUUUGACAAAGAUCAAAUAGAUUUUGUAGAAUUUGCGAAAAAUUCAUGGGAGUUUUUGAGUAGUGUGAGAACUAUGGAAGGGGUUAGAUCUAUCCUGAAGGCUAACGCCUUAGUGGAGCUUGCUUUCCUCAAGAACGAUGUUUCCGUCGUCGAAGAUGUUGAUACGGAGAGCUUAAAUUUUAACGUUUCUAUAGAGUUAUUGUGCAAAGAAGCUGUUGAACUAGCACCAGGUUCAGCGGACGUUACAGCAAUUGCUGGUCAGCUGGUUAAGCAUAUUCCUCAGCUAAAGAGCUGGGCAAAGCAUCUUUUAGAGGUGUCCUUGGAAAUACAGCCUUCAGGAAGGGCGCACCACCAUCUGGGAUUGAUUCUUCUCAAGGAGGCUAACCAGUUUGAAAAAGAGAACCAUUCAAAAUUAUCUCCCAAAGAGAAGCAAAGCAGAGACAGGAUACGCUCAGAUUCACAAGACAUCUCCUACGAGCUCAGCCAAAAAGGAAUCCAGCGCUGUGAUACUUUUGAGUGGGUCUUGGACAGUUGUCUUGCCGAAGGUAAGAAAAUACCUCUCUUUAGCGCCCACAAUCCAUUUAUUCAAGAUGCCGCAGAAAAUCUGAAUGCUUUUUUCAACCUAGUCUCCUUCAACAGAAAUCUGCCAACCGUUGUUAGAUUGGGAUACGCCUAUCUACGAUGUUGUCAGUACAACCUGGCUUCGGACAUCUACAUUUACUUCACUGUUUAUGGUCCGAACGAGAUACCGAAGUUGGUUCUGUCAUACGGUCUCAAGAUGGCCGCUGUUUGUUUCCUGCUCAACGCAGAGCUGGCCGAAAGCGAGGAGAAGCGAUCGAAAAGAAGAAAAGCCGCCAGUUCACUGCUAGUCAGCUCUGUGAGUAUUGCGGAAGAGAUUUCCAAAGAAGAGGCAUCGAAAAUGGAGCCGCUAAAGUUCUGGGAAGUCAUAAAAAACCUACCAAAGUAUCACAUGGUGCCUCCUACGUUAUUUCCAAAGCUUUAGGAGUUUAAACAUUUCACGAAGCAAUCAAAACGCUCAUACUACUUAACAUUUCAACCAGUUUAUGAUGAUAUAUAGAAAUAUUUAAAGUGAUGGAGGGUUGCAAAUUCGUCAGCCUCGCUCUCUCGUCUCUGCAUAUUUGAUCCAAUGGCUGGACUUAGCCGAGACAACUUGAAAUGGACCAGAAGAUGACCAGCAGUUUGUGUGUGUCUCGCUCUGCUCUUUAUGCGUUCUAAUUGUAUCAUAGUCAUACCACCUACGUGACUCCAUCUCCGGGUUUGAUUUCAUAUUUUGCCAUCUCUGAGAUUCGUUUCCAUCCAAGGUUAACGAGUUCCAUCCACCCCGGAGUUCACCAGCAUGGGAUUGACUCAGUUUAAACUACUCGGCCACCCAGCACCCUUUACGCCAAGACUUGAUCCGCCAGUGCUUUAAAUAACAUUAAGUAAAAUCCCUCUAUCAUUUUUUCCUGCUAUUUAUAUCUAUAUCUCACUGACGUUAUACAGACAUGCUCCAACUCUCAUCUGUUUUUUUGGUUCAAUGUGAACCUCAGCUCAUGUUUCAAUUUUAGUCUGCAUAUUAUUCUAUUUGAUUAAAAAAAUAAAAAACAAAUUUGAAGUUAGGUUGGUUU